AUGGAGCGCAAUCUCAGUGAUGAUGGGAUUUUCACCCCCUUCAUCUUCGUCCUCCUCGGCAUCGUUCUGAGUGAGCGAGUAAGCGUACAGCACGGAGAGGUUGCGGUCCAGAUUGCCAUCAGCCAUCCCAUGAACGCGAGGCCAUAUACGUUGCCUGUCGAAGUGUACCAGGAAAAGAUCGCGCAGACUGCUCCCAGACACGUCCCCAGAAAACGAGCAUAUCCCGUAGUGUUCGAGGCGCCAAUGGUCAUCGAACAGACCAGCAUGUACGACAACAGGCCCCAUUCGCCUCUCCAGAGCUGA